AAUUAGUACUACUAAUUGUUCGAUGAUCUAUUGUUUGUAAUUAAUUUCACUUUCUCUUGUUAGAACUAAAUAUGAAAGGAAAAGAAGACCUUCUGAGAAAGCUGGAUGAGUAUAGUAUUGAGUAUCCGAUAACAACGGAGUCUGAGGCUACAAGUUCUACUAAACUCAGGAUGAUGGUGCUGACGAUGUGUCUGUCUAUCUUCAGCACUAACCUGGUAUCGAGCAUGUGUGCUCCCUUCUACCCCCGUAGUGCUGCCCAUCACGGACUGGAUUCGGACGUUACCGGUACAAUUCUGGGAGUUUACUACGCAACCACUGUUCUUGCUUCUCCUUUCAUGGCUAUAUUCAUGACGAAGAUUGGACAAGCUAACUUGCUUCAGCUGGGACUAGUACUAGUGGGGACCUCUUCACUAGUGUUCGGUGGUAUAGACAAAAUAGACAACAGUCUCACGUUCGGAGUUAUAAGCUUUGUGUUGCGAGGGCUACAAGGGGUGGGAUGUGCAGCAACAGAUACAGCGGUCUUCGCUAUAGCCUCCUCUCGCUUCACCAAACAUCUUGGCAAGGUGAGUCUAACACAAAAUAAUAGCCUCCUCUCGCUUCACCAAACAUCUUGGCAAGGUGAGUCUAACACAAACUAA